CGCAAGCGUUUUUUUGUUUGGGCACGGCAGUGGGAACCAUAGGGCAGCUAGAGAUAAGUGCGGGUGCAGUAACAAUCUUGCGAUGCCAGUUUUCAAUUGGUCAGGCAUUAAUGUGCCAUGUUGCGGAAGGGGCUUUUGGUGGUGAAGAUGCAUGCUAGGAUCCCUGAUGGCAUCGGCUUCGUCGGCCAUUGCCAUUGCCUGAGCAAUUGUUCGCCAAUAGCUCUUCGGGUAUUCUUGCCCAUUCGAUGUGCACGCUAAGGACUGCGACCAUGCCGCAGCCAAUUUCGGGCAAGACGUCCGCUACGAACUUGCCCGUCAACCACGCUUGGUGGACCUUUCAGGUCUGCGCGACCCAGGUCACAGAGGUUCCCGAGCGCGGGACGGACACCGAGAGUGAGCGUUUCUACGGCUUCAAGGAUGAUGACGGGAACAUGCGUUGGGUGAAGUUGAUGUUGCUUACGCUCUUAGGUCCUCCAGAUCAUUUGAUGGAGAAGCACCUCCUCAAGAAGGUCACUUCGUUCUCAGAGCUCCGGCAGGCCUACUUCAGCUUCCAGCCAUCGGAUUGGAUCACCUACCACUCGUAUACAAUCAUCGAGGUUGGCGAUGGCGAUGUCUUCAUAUGCAUGGAGAAGAAGACCACCCGGUUGGAGUUCAUGUUCUGCGAAGGCCGGUUGUGCAGGGCGAUACUGAAGGACUUCAGGGCCGCCGGUGCUGUCAGGGACUUGGGCAAGUGCACGGAGCUUCCGAAGGAGGAGGUGUCAAACGGGCCCACGCUCCGCGACGUCCUAGACUGGGUCGACGGCCCAUGCGCAGAGCAUUGGCGUCCCUAUGACAUGUUGAGAUCGAACUGCCAGAUGUUCGUCAGCGAACUCCAGUCGUUCUUGCGCGGCUCAUCGGGCGCGGACUUCCCGAGGAUCCCGCCUGGGGCGGACGCCAGCAGCGAGGAGGCUAUCGCGAUUGGCCGCGCGGACUCGCGUUCGCUGCAGACGGCCAGCGAGGAGCUACGCAACGACAAAGACUUCCUCUGCGCCGUCCUCAGACCAAACUGGUCGGCACUGCGCCAGGCGCCCGUGCAGAUGCGGGGUGACCCCGAGGUGGCUCUGUGUGCUGUGAGCCAGAACGGGUACGCCUUGCAGUACGUCGCAGAGGAGCUUCGCAGGAACAAGGAGUUCGUGCUGCAGGCUGUGGCGAUUGACGGCCAUGCUUUGUGCUACGUCGCGGGGUCGCUGCGCCGCGAUCCUGAGGUAGUGCUGACAGCCAUAAAGCAGAACGGGUACGCCUUGCAGUACAGUGAGGACCUCCGCACAAAGAGAGACUUCAUCCUCGAGGCGGUGAAUGUGAACGCCCAUGCGUUGGCCAUCUGCGGUCAGGAGAUUAGGAAAGACAAAGAGGUUGCCCUCGCCGCUGUCAGGCAGAACGGCCACGCGCUGCGGUACGUUGCUGGCGGCCUGCAGUCGGACACGGAGGUCAUCGCAGCCGCUGUGUGGCAGACUCCGCAGGCACUUCGGUACGUGCUGGCCUGA